UAAUACUCCUCACAGCUGUGAUUGCAAGUGCCUUACACGAAUUAACGUGUCUCUCUUCAUUCUUUCUUUCUUUCUCUUGUGUGUCCUCUAAGUCAUCAAUUUAAACUAUUUUGCAGCAGUUUGUGACGCCGCCGCCGUUUGUUGUGGGGGUGGCGGUGACAGCAAGAUGGAUAUGUGUAACGUAGUGCAUGCAUUAAAACCAGUUAUGCUAAUGGUGCUGGUGCAGGUUGCAAAUGCUUGGGUCAAUGUUCUCUACAAGCUCGCGCUUAACGAUGGCAUGAACUUGAGUGUCAUUGUUGCUUACCGUUAUGUUUUUGCAACUGCUUUCAUUGCUCCACUUGCUUUCAUUCUUGAAAGGAAGACGAGGACAAAGAUGACUUGGAGGAUACUGUUUCAGGCAUUUCUUUGCGGCUUAAUUGGUGGAGUAUUGCCUCAAAACUUAAACAUGGAAGCGAUUGCUUUAACUUCAGUAACGUUUACAACCGCCAUAUCCAACCUCAUUCCAGCCAUCACUUUUAUCAUAUCCCUCUCCUUCGGAUUGGAGAGAUUAAAUUUAAAAACAAAAGGAGGGAAAGCAAAGAUAAUUGGAACGAUAACUGGAAUUAGUGGGGCAAUGAUACUGACAUUUAUUAAAGGCCCAGAAGUUAAGAUGUUGUCUUUCCAUGUAAACCUUUUCAACCACCAAAACGGCCAUGUCGUACAUUCACACGCUUCUUCAGGCCUUAUGACCAUAUUUGGUGCUCUCGCCUCUGUCGCAAGCAACGUCUCUUAUGCCAUGUGGCUUAUCAUUCAGGCAAAGAUGAGUGAAAGAUACCCGUGUCCUUAUUCGAGCACAGCGUUGAUGUCCCUAAUGGGGGCACUCUUAUCCAUUUCAUUUGCUUUUUGUGUUGAAAGGGAUUUGAGUCAGUGGAGGUUGGAUUGGAAUGUCAGACUAUUGACUGUGGCUUAUGCGGGUAUAGUAGUUUCUGGAGUGAUGGUAGCCGUGAUUUCGUGGUGUGUACGCACGAGAGGUCCACUGUUUGUCUCCGUUUUUAGCCCUCUAAUGCUUGUCGUUGUGGCCUUUGCUGGAUCCACUAUUUUGGACGAGAAACUAUACCUUGGAAGCUUUAUUGGAUCAAUGUUAAUUAUUUGCGGAUUAUACGCGGUUCUUUGGGGUAAGAGCAAAGAGAUGAAGAAGAAUCAAUCUGUUCCGCCAGAAAGCAUCCAUAAAUCUGACACAGUUGAAAUAAUGGUCAAAUCUCGCGUAGAAGAUAAAAGCAACAAUAAGAGCAAUACCCUCGUUAAUUCUGUAAAUGCGACUGCGGAUAAUAAAGAUUCAUGGGAAAAUAGAUGUGAAAACAAUGUAACACAUAUACACUGCUGCAAGGAGCGAGAAGAAGAAGUAACAUCUCAGAAUGGCUCACGUACCUAAACAUUGCAUGCAUGUAAGGCACUAAUUGCACAAUGUAGAUAGCUUGCCAUCCUUUUCCAACCGCCCCAACAUGCUGUGGGCAUUUUUUUGUAUUGUUGGAGAAGGUAAGGCACGACUAGAAUGUCUUCUUUUCUCUUGGUCCUUCCUAUAUGUUGUAAUUGGGUGCUUAAACCCAAAUUGCAAAAACAAAGGUUGUAUUCAAGUUCAACUUAAAAAUGGAUCUGCUGAGAACGCCAUCUUUAGUUUCAUCUUUUUCUCUCUCAUUA